GGGGGCGGGGGUUGAGGUGAGGGUGUGGUCGAGUCGGUCGACGUGAAGAUGAGGGACACGCGUCGCGUUGACUGUUGAGGACACGAUGGGGUGUAACAAAAUGUAUCCUGUGUGUUUUGUUUCGGAGACUAGUGCAUUAUGGGUGUUUGUGAGGUUCAUGGAACGGAAAAAAGGUGUACGAGGUGUUACUUGUAAUUAUGUGUCAGUGUGCUUCUGUUUGAGAUGUGUGUCGUAACCGAUAACUGCUGCUUCACAUCUUGGCGAUUGGAUCCGUGCGCACAAUUUGUAAAUAAAACGAAAAUAACAUGUCAUAUUUUCUCUGGUACGAACAACAAUUUCCAAUGGUUUAGAACCGCUGAUGGACUGCGAAAGUCACGAUGGAAAUGAAUGUGCAACUUGGUGGGCGAGCUCUCUCGGUUUGUAAUUUCUCAAAGAGGAAGUUGGAGCCUUCGUCUUCUGAACGGCUUCUAGGCCUCGACCGCUUCAUUCGUGUAGCGAUGACUCACUGUGAAAGAUGGAUAUCUGACUGAACACAGAACUAAAACAGUUGGUGAUGAAGCGUGCGUGUUCUGCUUUAACUCGGUAUUUUUUCGUGGGAACUUGUUUUGUUUUACAGUUUUGGAUCAAAAUGGCUCCGGAUGAAAGCUUUAGUGUUGCGCUUAAGUGAAUCAAGGCGCAGAUUCACGGGGCGCGCAGGACGUGGUCACGGUUCAGCCGAGCCCGACCCCUAGAGCCCAGUAGGGUGUGGGCUCCAUCCAGCUGCCGGCGCGGUAUCUCUCCGCUCCAUCAGCAGCAACACUUCCCUUUUCACUCUGCUCCGGCGUCGAAAAGCAAUCACACGUAUAAGAGUUGGCCAACUUGCCUUUAAUGUCCAACAGUAAAAGGCGCACUUGGAAGUAGGCUGUAUGUAUCUGGAUUAUAUGAAGUACAAUGUUGUGAUGGGGUUUUGGAAUUCAGGAAUUUAAUCUAGGGGGAUUAUGUGAUGGAUUAUAUUAUUUAAUGGAAACUCGAAAUGUAGCUUGGGAUGGGAAAUCUAAAUGUAUAAUGUAAAAUAUCGACUCCGAAUGAGGUUAUAUCGAGUACAAGCUCGAGCUAGGCUAAGGAAUUCAGGAAUUUAAUUCUGGACAUUUAUAUUUUUUAUAUAUAAUAUACAAAACGUAACUUAAGUAUUAUGGGGAUUCAAAACGUUUAACUUCCACUAUCCGUCACCAAACAACGUGAAAUACCUUGCAUCCAACAAGAAGCGAGCCAGGUACCGUAGCAUGAUCUAAAAUGAAGUUAUGGGGACAUCUGCCGACCAAAUAUUUGUUGUAUUUGAAAUGCGAACUAUACAACUAGGCCAAUAUAAAAAAACAUUGAGGUUCACAUGAAAGUAACCAAGAAUAAUAAAGUAGUGAUAUGUAUGUAGGACAAAAUAAUGAUGUGGGCACACAUGUUGCAAAAUUAUAUAUUUUUACUGCUGUAUAUAAAUAUGUAAAUAUGUUUGCAUCCCUUGUUGACCAAGAGAUGGCGCCAUUUCACCUUUACUGAAUCCGCAGGCGGCCACAAGAAUCCUCUACUUCCCUCUCUCCUUUCCGUUUACAAACGUAGUAGACGACACUCGGAGAAAUCCACUCGACCACGCGGUUUUCCAACAUCGAUAUCAUUGUACACUCACUAAAAAAAACAAAAACCACUAAAAGUUAUCCACCCUCAAAAUGAUUCCGACUAGAAAGGGCUGCUGUGAGCAUGCGCACUGACUCGGUUCCAUGGGGACGGGAGGGAGGACAUCACGGAAAACUGGCCGCAUCAGAACCCCACGCUGAGAUUCAUUUGACCAUCGCCAUCGCACGACGACCAGCCACCACUAUGUUUGACGCGGCGUUGAACCCGGUUAACCACCUGACGCCCCGGGCGGGGACUAGCCGUCUGGUCUGAACUUGGGUCCCUGGUAUCAUAUGGAAGCAGCAUGCGGGAAAUGGUUGGAGGUUGCUGCGUGUGUUCCGAUGAGCGAGGCUGGGCUGAGAACCCGCUGGUGUACUGUGAUGGACACGGCUGCAGCGUCGCCGUACACCAAGCAUGCUAUGGUAUUGUCCAGGUUCCGACUGGGCCUUGGUUCUGUCGUAAGUGCGAGUCGCAGGAGAGGGCGGCCAGAGUGAGGUGUGAGCUUUGCCCUCACAAAGAUGGAGCGCUGAAGAGGACCGACAGUGGAGGCUGGGCCCAUGUUGUGUGUGCGCUCUACAUCCCAGAGGUGCAGUUCGCCAACGUGCUCACCAUGGAGCCCAUAGUGCUGCAGUACGUCCCCCACGACCGCUACAUCAAGACCUGCUGUAUCUGCGAGGACCACGGGAGGGAGAGCAAGGCGGCGUGCGGGGCCUGCAUGACCUGCAACCGGCAGGGCUGCCGACAGGCCUUCCAUGUCACCUGCGCCCAAAUGGCGGGCCUGCUGUGCGAGGAAGAGGGCCCCGAGGCGGACAACGUGAAGUACUGUGGCUACUGCAAGCACCACUACAGCAAGAUGGUAAGGCCCAUGAUGCAGAAGAAGCUGCGCUCCAGCGAGAACACGGGCGGCACCUUCAGCCACCCCCGGGGUGCCCCCAGCCCCCCGUCCCAGGACAAACACCACCACCACAAGCAGCGGAAGAGCCACAAGGACAAGACGCGACCCAAGGAGCGACACAAGAAGAGUUCAGACGGUCUGGGGUCCCUCGGGACCGGCAGCAUAGACAAGGUAGGGGCCCCCCAACGGCCCCGGCCUGACGCCUCGAUCCACCUCUCCCCGCUUUCUUCCAGUCACCACAUCGGCAGCAAGGACAGUGAAGGCAAGUCCAAGAAGCUGAGCUCUCACGGUCUUCCUCACCGCAGCAAAAAGACAGGGAGCAACGGCAAGAGCUGCUCCUCUUCCUCCUGCUCCUCUAGUCCCUUCAACACAGGCAACUCCUUGUCAGCCCAGGACUUCCACCACUUCUCCUCGCCCUCCUCCUCCUCCCGCCCCGAAAGGGACCACCCCGAGAGGGGGACGGCGGGGGAGCACAGCGGCACGGAGGAGCGGCGGGAGGAGAGGCGGGAAGACCGCAAGGAGGAGCGCAAGGAGGAGCGCAAGGAGGAGCGCAAGGAGGAGCGAAAGGAGGAGCAGCGGAAGGAAGACAGGAAGGAGGAGCGAAAGGAGGAGCAGCGAAAGGAAGACAGGAAGGAGGAGCGAAAGGAGGAGCAGCGAAAGGAAGACAGGAAGGAGGAGCGAAAGGAGGAGCGCAAGGAGCGGCACAGGAGGUGCCAGGUGCAGGAGGAGGUGGAGGAAGAGGAGGAGGAGGAGGAGGAGGAGGAGAAGGCGGAGGAAAAGGAGGAGGAGGAUGAGGAGGAAGACGAAGAAGAGGAGGACGGUAAAUACCACAAGCCCCCGGCGCUGACUCCCAUGGAGGGGCCCCUGUCGGGGCCCCAGGGCCACGAGCGCCCGGAGGGCAACGGGAGCCCCUUCGAGACCAAGGUGACCAUCUCCACCUUCGGCUCCAUCAUGCGCAUCACCUCGUCCUCGGCGCUCGGGAGCAGCAGCAAGAUCCGCAAGAUCUCCUCGUCGGGGGAGUACAAGGCGUCCCGGUCGCUCGGCAAGCCCUCCCACCUGACCACGCCCCCCAUCCUGGAGGAGGAGGCGAACCCCGAGGGCCAGGCCACGCCCCCGCCGCCGCCGCCAGCGCCGCCGCCGCCGCCCCCUCGCGAGCGGAGGCACCGGGGCAGCAAGAAGAGCCGGCACGGGCCGGGGCGCCCGCGGGGCAGCAAGAACCGGGAGCGGCGGGGGGCCGGCGGCGGCGGCGGCGAGGGGGAGGAGCGGCACCAUCACCGCCACAGCUCCGCCCCCAGCCCCGCACCCCCCACCACGGCCCCGCCCACCCCGGGCUCCUCCUCCUCGCUCUACUCCUCCACGAUGCCCUCCGCCGCCCCCCAUCCCGCCUUCCCCUCCGGCCUGCCCCCCCUCGCCAACAACUCCUCCGCCUUCUCCUCCUCCUCCUCCACCUCCUCCUCCUCCUCCUCCUUCACCUCCUCCCUCAGCUCCACCUCCGUCGCCGGCUCGUGCUUUUCCGGCGGCUUCUCCGCGAGCCGCGGCAGCGCCUUGCUGGGUUCGGGCAUGUACCCCAGCCUCAAGGAUCCCCUGUCCCUGGGGGGCGGCCUGUGUAGCAGUACCUCUCUGUCCCUGGGCGGGGGCGUGUGCAGCACGGCCCUCUCCACGGGGCUCCUUCCGUCCCACGUGGCCACGCUGUCGUUCCCCUCCGUCAGCCCUGCUGCACACACACGGGCUCCUCCAGGCUCCACCUCUUCUUCCUACAGCCUGACCUCCGUCCAGCCGUUCGCUAACUGCUUCUCCGCGGCCCCCUCACUGCCACCACUACUGAGCCAGGCCCAGACCUCUCUGCCAGAGUCUGACCUCGAUGACUGUCGCUUCCCAUGCCAGGCCAACUCACCCACAGAGAGCCUCUCCUCACAGUCCCCCAUGAGCUGCCUCCCCCUGCUGUUCGACCUCCGGGACGGCCUGGGCCUGGGGCUGGGCGCCCGCCCGGAGAACGUACCGGCCGCCAGCGCCCACAUCGAGCUGCUGCUGGAGAAGCACGGCAACGGGGAGAUGGGCGUCAACAUCGUGGACAUGCUGCAGUCGCUGCACUCCCUACAGCAGGAGAACCAGAGGCUACAGGACCAGAUCCUGGGCCUGGCCGCCAAGAAGGAGCGUCUGCAGCUGCUCAACGUGGACCUGGCCGCCCCCUUCCCUCCUCACGGCCACACGGGCUCCCUGUACACCUCGGCCCAGGUCAACUUCCUCUCCUCGGCCCACGAAACCCUGUGCUCCAAUAAGAGUCCUCUUUCCAAAGCCUGCUUCCUGAAUGACACCUCCUUCGUUACCUCCUCCGAGGAGCUGCACUCCGGCAGUCCCUCCCGCAGUAGCUCCUCCCUCUCCUUCCAGAGCACCCCGCCCCCUCAGCCGAGCCCCGCCCCCUUCGGCCAGCCCCUGAUGAACGGCCUGGGCCGGGGGGGGCUGUGCGACGGGCUGCUGGGCGGGGGGGGCGGCCACUCCGCCCUGGCCCUGGCCGGGAGUCCUCAGCUGGGCCUCGGCGGCGGCGGCGGCGGCGGCGCGCUGGGCGGCCUCAACGGGGUCUUCCAGUCCCCCGCGCACAACGCCCCUCCGCAGCCCGCGCUGCCUGCCCUCCGGCCCCAGCCGCCCCCACUCAACGCCCAGGCUUUGGCCCAGGGCCUUCAGCUGCCCAAGAGCCUGAGCCCGUCCUCCAUGCUGUCUGAGCAGCAGAAGCAGUUGCUCCUCCAGCAACAACAGCAGCAGCUCCAGCAGUUCCUCACCUCGCAGAACUUCACUCCUGAACAGCAGGUGGUGGUGUACCAGAUGUUGCAGCAGCAGAGACAAAGAGAGCUACAGCGCCUCACGCUGACGGGGGGGCUCAGCUCCACCUCGGCCUCCAACAUGAUCGCCCAGUCCCCCGUCCUGCUGUCCUCCUCCACCACCACCACCCCCCCGCUGCUGCCUGGUAGUCAAGGCAACGGCGCUGGGCUGUUUGGGCUGCAAGACACUGCACUUCACAAGACCGGGGCCGCAGGCGAGAAGGGUGGCGACAAGAAUGGGUAGCUGUUCAGGACGCGGGAGGACUAACACAGGUCGUUGAUUGGACGUAGCUUAAAUCAGGAUGGAUCAGGUGCAACUGAAACUGUGCUGCACCUUGAAGAGCAGAGGUUAACGCUGGUACCUCAUGUGAGACUUUUUUUAACAGUCUUCUCUUGUUUUUUCUUAUCAUCUCUAUCUUACGGCCUGUUUUUAUGAAUGUAUCAUGGGAUGGAGUUCAAGGUGAAGCGUUUUUUCUGUAUAUUUGUGUUUGUAUGUUUUUUUAUAUUAUUUCCGUGGUUCCUCUUCUAUUUUUGUGUAGGCAGCUUACAGAGAGCAUGGAUAUAGUGGUCUCUGAUUGAAUUGCACUAAUUUGUCGACUGGACCAAUUGAGCAGCUUUUUCGUCGGCCGGGAGCCAAUCCCUGAAGCUGUUCUGAGGUCUUAAUGGAUAAGACCCGCCAAUAAGUUUGAACUAUAUAAAUCUAUACGAGGCCAAAAUGCUCCUCAUUCGACUGCUCACGCCUUGACCAUGGUUCAAGCACCCAACGCCUGGACCAACAGUACCACCCAUCCGGGGUCCGUCUCUGGAUCAUUUGGAUCUUUGAUCUCACGACCUCUCGAAAACCUCAGAAGUCUUCCUUCUUGACACCCUGCCCUCCCUUUGUUUACACCUCACUCAAAAUGAAAUUCUAUAUAUUGCUGCGUCCUAAUAGCACUUAUUGUUUGAUUGAUAACGACACCACAGUUUUGACAUGUUGGCGCUUUGUUACCAUCACACUGUUUUGAAAGAAUCGUAACCUCAGAAGUGGUUGCCGGGAUCACUUUCCUUAACGAUUAAAUAUAGUUUUGGUGGAAUUCAUUAAUUGCUGCAUUGCGACAAUUGUCUAAUUUAUAAUUCAAAUGCCUUUCUGGUGUUAAAUUGAGACUGAAAGCUAAACCAACAUGUCAAAAAUGUCUUCUUUUGUUUAAUCCCUUGUAGGAAUUUAUAGAUAAAUUAUAUCCCACAUGUUGCUAGUGAGAUUAAGCAGGCUAAACCAAACUUUUGCAACUUGUAAGAAGAAAUUAACUGUAUAUCUUAAACCAGUGAGCACUUUGCAUAUUAGUAGCGAGCAGAGACAAGUUAAUCAUCCACAAAGUACCUUCCCUGAAGAAGAUUGGUACUUACGGGCCAAUAGUGGCUGUCAAGUUCCUUGUGUAAAUUCGUAUUUUGCACUCUGUACAGGGGCCUGUACAAGAAAGCUGACUUUAAGCUAACAUUCUGUUCCUAAGGAAUCUCAGAAUUGUGUGAAUUGUAAUGGUUCUUAAAGGUGUUGUGUUUAGGAUUUAGUGGCAUCUAGUGGUGAGGUUGCGGAAUUGCAAUCAACUGAUCCUCAACCUUCCCUUUCCACCGACAAAAGGUUAGCUAUGGUGGCCUGUAAGGUGCUUGUAGGUAGUUCCAAAAUGAUCAUGAAUCAUCAUCUACGACAGUGUAGAGUAGCCAAAUGUCAAGGGAUGAGGUUCCUUGAAAAAUAAUUUAGUUUUUAAAUCUAUUAAACAAUAGAUCACAGUUUACAAGUAAGAUAUGAUUAGAGAUGAGAUGAUAGAUUAUGAUGAAAUUGCUAACUCGACAUAUCUAGAGCCAUUUUGUCCAUUCUAGGCGACCAUAGAAACAUGGUGGUGGAACAUGGCGGGCUCCCUGAAAGAGCCCCCGCCCCCUAGGUAGAUAUAAAGGCUUGUUCUAAGAUUACUAAAAGACAACAAUUUGUGUUUUCAUGGAAUAUUACACAAAUUAAAACAAUUUCUGCCAGGUCCAUUUCACUAGUUGCCACUCAAUUUUAAUCACUGCACUUCUAAAGCCUGCCCGAGAAUGGACACUGUUCACUGUUCACACUGAAACCGACACAGGGUAAAGUGAACACAAACUCCAAAAAGACCUGACGUUGCCCCUUCGGUCUCGAUCUAUUUCUCCUAAACCGCGUCCUCCAUCAGGCCCCUGAAGUCUAUGUCGGGUUUAGAUUAGUUAAGUUGUUGCUUUAUUUUUGUAUUUAUUUUUACUCAAACUCGUAGAUACUGUAUGUUUUUCUGCUCAGCAUUUCAAUGUUAAUUUAGCAAUACUGGAUAGUUAAUGCCUUAAUGAUGCUAGAUAUGAAGAAAAAAAAUCGAGAGCCCAAAGGCUCACUCCUUUCUCCCUUGUUUUUUACUUUGAUAUUGUCUUUUAUACAGGGUAUGUGGUGGAUUUAGUAACAUUAAAGCACUCUUCCACAACCCAUUUCUAGUUUCUAUAGGCAACAGUGAUAACAGUUGAACGAUGUGAUGAACUGUAGUUGAUAAGAAAUGUCUAUUCAUUUUGUAUUGUAAGUAUAUCUUAAGAUGAUGCAAUGUUAUUUUUCUUGCUGUGUACCUUGUAGAGGGGAAAAAAAGACUGGUUUUCAAACCGGUCACAAAGCAGUCACGGCAUAUGCUUUAGCGUUUGUUCUGACUGACUGGCGCGCCGAUAAGGAGGGCUAAGCUCACCAGUGUAGCUGUUAACAUCUUUAAUAACAGUGCAAUGCCCAUGUAGUUACUGAAAUACCCCGGCUGACCUUUACUGGUGGGUUCUGCUGAGGCCCGAGUUCCUAACCCAACGCUUUUACUCUGAAAAGCUCUCCCACCCCUUAGUCCUUUACAGUGAGGCACGUCGGUCAAGCUCAUUGACUGAUGAAGGCUAACUUUUAGUACCUCAGACUAUUCGAUUCUCGUCACUCAUUCUGGUAUAUCGUUACAUGUGAUCUUUACAAUAUCAAUAGUAAUCUCCCAUACAUGUGAUGUCUGUAUUCCAGAUGUGUUUUUUUUUACCUUGUCAUCAGGAAACUUCAAGAAGCCUAUCAUUAUGGUAACAAAUACUGUAGCAAUGACUGAAGGAGAAUGUUCAUGUCGAUAACCCAUUGAGCCCACAUGUUGACAUGCAUUUGUGAAUUUAUGAGUUUGUACCAAGUAGCCUAUGUUUUUUUUUUACGAGUUGUUUCACGACCGAAACGUUUGAGACAUGUACAAAAGCUUGACUGAGUACUGCAAAGGAUUUUUUAAGGGUUUCUUUCCCAUGUUGCACUGGGGCAUAUAGGCCCGCUUGUAUAACGUUACCUGUUUUUUUUUUCCUUUUUGGGGUCAUUUCCAUUUAGUACUUUUCUAUUUUUUGGAGUAAAGGUUGUAUACUAUAGUGUAUGUUUGUGUAAAACACAGCCGUUCUUUAGGAUUUGGAGCUUGGGUAACUCAUGUCAUCAUUGUUGUAGGCCUACUGUGUUUCCUUUUGUGUAUAUUACAACAGUUCGUAACAGCUGGCAUUGAAUGAUGUUGGACAAAGAAUGAGUUUCCAUUGGCAUUAGAAUUGCAUGAAAUGUGAUUUUAAACUCAAAUGUAUUGCUAAAUACCAAUUAUAACUAUGCAUAGAUUUUAAAUGCAUUGUUCCCUGAAAAAAUCGCAAAGCACUGAAUUUUCAAAAGGACAAGCACGUUGUCAUUAAACAUUGUAUUUAUUGAUCAUUGAUCAAAAGGGAAUUAGACAAUAUUCUGAGUAAUUGCCCCAUAGGCUGAAUUAUUUUGAUAUUUUUGUGUGUAAAAUAAAAAAUAAUGUAUGAAGACAACAGCUUCUCUUGUCAAUAAAUGUUUUUACCUGACUUGUUUUAGAUUUUCACCUUUGGAACUGCAAUCAAAGCCUGAACAAUGGACGAGCCCUGGUUUUUGAUUGAGUGUCUUUAUGGUAGGCUAGGCAGCGCAAACCAGUCGAGGAAAGGUCGUUUGUACCUCAUUAGGGGAGGAACUACGGCGAUAUUGUUUAGGUUAGUUAGGGUGAAACGUGAUCUCCCGUUGAAGGCUGGUCUACUGCUUGGUCGCCGUCGACGUCCGACAACAUUCCUCUCUGUGGGGAACAGACCGGCGUCGUAAAUCAAGUUUGAUUCGAGCGAGAGGAUGAAUGCGCUUAUGAUCAUUGCAGUGCGUAAAGGAUUCACCGAAUCCUUCAAACAGCAAAGACUUCUUCCUGUUUCCACUUUCAUGAUACCAAGCCGCCUCCAGUCGACAGUACCUGUGGUUGCUGCUCGAAUACCCUGCAGGGUGAAAGUUUCCGCUGGGAAGCGUUAUUCAUGGU